UUAAUUAUCGAGUUAAUGUAAAUUUAGACGAAACAAAAUAUGGCUGCAGAAGUGGAAAACUCGGCGGCGGUUGAUAAAACAUCAGCAAAUGCUGAAGAAUUGGAGAACUAUUAUUUAAUGCUCGAAGCGGGCAAUAUACCAGAGCUACAAUGGCAAUUCCCUGGACGUCGCCCGCCUUCGCCGGAUGCCAAUGCCGGGAGCAACAGUAAGGAAUUGGAAGCCGCGGCCGAAACUGUGGAACAAGAACCACAGAAGGCAAACGAUUUUGAUUUCAGCGACGAUGUUGCCCCCACUCAAAUGCGUGUACGCAGCCAGACCUCGACGCCGAAGUCCGCCAAAAAGAAGACGGCCAACUUUGCCGGCGUUAUGGAGACGCUUAAGAAGAAGAAGACUGAGGGCUCCUAGCAUACAAUAACGCUGAUAGUUAGACGAUAAGAGAAUAGUCAGAUAUGUAAAUACAAUGAAA